GAGGGUGGAGCCGUGACUGAUGCUAGAAGAAUUCGAAGUUUGUCAGGAUCCAGGGUCCCGGCCAGAGCGCAGCCACCGGACCAGAAGUGAGGACCCGCGCCUUCACAAUAAGAGCCUCCGUGUGUCAGCAGCUGCCAGGCGUGUACUCACAUACUUCACAGGGGUGCCGAUACUAGCGGCACCGAUACCUUAAUAUCUUAGUAUUAGCAGUAAAUUGUACUACGGAUUGCAAAUGACAGCUGAGUCUUUAAACGUUGACUUUAACGACGGGCUGCAGUGGUUUUAUUUUCGAGGAGCCCACCGGAACUCCCACCCGUGCAGCCGUUCAGCCCAUGUGGAGUCCCUGCGGAGUGAACGCUCCCUUCCUCUCAGCCUCCAACUUCACGCUGCAACUUUCUGCAUACUUUCCCAAAGUUCCCAGGACCCCCUGCUCCAGGACCCAGAACCAUGUCAGGCAUAGCGACCACCCUGCAACAUCACCGGGAAAGGAACCAGGGCGUCGGCUGCAACAGCCAAGCGGUGAAGUAUCUGAACCAGGACUACGCGGUUCUGAGGCAGCGCUGCUUCGACAGCGGCCAGCUGUUCCAGGAUGACAUGUUCCCCGCACUGCCCUCUUCCCUGGGCUUCAACGAGCUGGGUCCGACGUCCUACAAGACCCGGGGGGUGACCUGGAAGAGACCCACGGAGCUGACGACUGACCCCGAGUUCAUCGUCUCUGGAGCCACGAGGACUGACAUCUGUCAAGGAGCUCUGGGUGACUGCUGGCUGCUCGCUGCCAUUGCCUCCCUGACCCUGAACCAAGACGUUCUGACCCGGGUCGUCCCACAUGGACAGAGCUUCAAGAGAGGGGAGUACGCCGGCAUCUUCCACUUCCAGUUCUGGCAGUUCGGGGAGUGGGUGGACGUGGUGAUUGACGACCGGCUGCCCGCAAAGGAUGGAGAACUGCUUUUCGUCCACUCGGCUCAGGGGAGGGAGUUCUGGAGCGCGCUGCUGGAGAAGGCCUACGCCAAGCUGAACGGCAGUUACGAGGCUCUGUCUGGAGGAACCACCACCGAGGGCUUUGAGGAUUUCACCGGAGGGAUCGCUGAGGUCCACGAGCUGAGGAAUCCUGGUCCACAUCUGUUUCACAUCAUUGAGAAAGCUCUGAGCCGAGGAUCCCUCAUGGGCUGCUCCAUAGAUAUCACCAGCUCAGCGGAGUCGGAGGCUGUCACCUCUCAGAAGCUGGUGAAAGGCCAUGCCUACUCUGUGACGGGUGUAGCUGAGGUGGAUUACCGUGGUAACAAGGAGAAGCUGAUCCGGAUCAGGAACCCCUGGGGUCAGGUGGAGUGGACUGGAGCCUGGAGCGACAACUCGAUGCAGUGGCACCAAGUCAGAGACGAAGACCGAGAACGUCUGAGCCAUCGCUCAGAGGACGGGGAGUUCUGGAUGUCUUUUUCAGAUUUCUUGCACCAGUACUCGCGGCUGGAGAUCUGCAACCUGACACCUGACGCUCUGACAGAUGAGUCUCUGUCUAAGUGGGCUCUGUCCAAGUUUGAAGGCAGCUGGAGGAGAGGCUCCACCGCAGGAGGCUGCAGGAAUUAUCCCAACACAUUCUGGGUAAAUCCCCAGUUUGUGAUUAAGCUGGAUCAGGAGGACGACGACCCGAAUGAUGGCGAGAACGGUUGCAGCUUUGUGGUGGGUCUGAUCCAGAAGAACCGCAGGCGCCUGAGGAAAAUGGGAGAGGACAUGCACACAAUUGGCUUUGCCAUCUACGAGGUUCCCGACGAGUUCCGUGGUCAGAGGAACGUCCACCUCAACAAGAACUUCUUCCUACGUAGUGCCUCCACCGCUCGCUCAGAAACAUUCAUCAACCUGAGAGAAGUCUGCAGCCGCUUCUGUCUCCCACCCGGAGAGUACCUGAUUGUCCCGUCCACCUUUGAACCGCACAAGGAUGGGGACUUCUGUGUGCGAGUCUUCUCUGAGAAACAGGCCGACUUCCAAGAACUGGACAGUCCCAUUGAGAACCGAGUAAAGAAGAUCGUCAUUACUGAGGAGGACGUGGACGAUCGCUUCAGGAGUCUGUUCGGACAGCUGGCAGGAACGGACAGUGAGAUCUGUGCCUUUGAGCUACAGAGGAUCCUUAACAAAGUGGUGACAAAACGAUCCGACAUCAAGACCAGCGGCUUCAGCAUCGCCACCUGCCGCAACAUGGUCAACAUGCUGGAUAAAGAUGGCACUGGGAAACUGGGUCUGGUGGAGUUUAAAGUGCUUUGGACAAAGAUUGAUACCUACCUGAGCGUCUACCGGCAGAAGGACGUGGAUAACUCUGGGACCAUGAGCUCCACGGAGAUGAGGGCGGCUGUGGAGGAAGCUGGUUUCAGUCUGAACAACCCACUCCAUCAAAUCCUGGUCGCUCGUUACAGCGAAGCAGAUCUCACCAUCGACUUUGACAACUUUGUGAGUUGUCUGGUUCGUCUGGAGACCAUGUUUGACAUUUUCAAGGUUCUGGAUAAAGACAACUCAGGAACCAUAGAGCUGAACAUGGCAGAGUGGCUCAAUGUGUCUAUGCUUUGAAGAAGAAAGAAGAAGAAAGAAGAAACCCUUUAUUGGUCAUUAUCACAUACAAUGUAACAACGAAAUUUGUCUACUGCAUUUAACCCAUGUCAGGGGGGAGCAGUGGGUUGCCAUGCAUGGCGCCGAGGAGCUAGUGUGAGGUGUCUUACUCAAGGACACACUUGGUGCAAGCCACUUGCUGGCAUUGGAGCAUUGGUUUGGGUGGCAGAAGGUCCCAGGUUCAAACCCCCACCAGAGCACAAAGUGUGAGUCUGAGUAAGACACUUUGCACUUGCUCCUUGAGUAGCCUUGAAUAUCAGCCUACUGCUCCCCCAGGUGAUUGGUUAAAUGCAGAAGACAAAUUUUGUUGUUACAUUGUAUGUGAUAAUGACAAAGAAAAGAACCAGAACCAGAAAGCGACAGAAGCUGCUGGAGAGCUCAGUUUAUUCAUCAUCAUUCAGAUUAAGUUUCAUAAUCUUGAAUCAGGCUUCAGUAAAGAAAAGCAUGUGGAACACAUGUUGUACAGGGUCUGGGUUAGGAAGCGCCUUAGUCAGAACUGAGGCUUCCCUCAAAAGAGAUUUUAUUUUAACUCCUAAUCUUUUCAUCUCAUACUUCAGACACACUUAGAACCAGGUAUUAUAUCUUUACUGGUCCUGUUACACUCUUCAUUCUGUAAAGUGCCUUAAAAUGAUUUUGUCUGCUGCGUUGUAAGGUCUUAAACCUAACCUUGUAAAGUGCCUUGAGAUAACCUUGUUGUGAUUUGGCGCUAUAUAAAUAAAAUUAAAUUUAAAGGA